GCCGUUUCCGGGUGGGAGGGUAGCGCAGUCAGCUGAAUCAUGCUCGGAAAUAUUGAUAACAAGCUUCUGUUCUAAGACUUUUUUCUGUUGUAAAAAUCCACUCGUUAUAUCUUCUUUCCACCAGCACCAUGGUACCUACAGACUUUAAAGCCGUGAUCAGGCGAUUCUACGCCCUCCAAACAGAGCGAAUAGAGGCGUACAGGCUCUUUGAGGAGGGCCAUGAGGCGUACUUGCGGACCGGGCCCCAGUACGACUUCGACCACUACAGGCAGCUGGUCCACGAGAUCACGCAGGCCUUCCUGGGCAUCUCCUCGGAGGUGCUGCGCAUCAAGGAGCAGCUCCAGGGGGAGCUGCGGCGGCCGGACCUCGCGGAGCACAUCGACGCGCUGCAGCACAAGGAGAAGCAGAAGCUGGACCUGACAGCCAUGCUGCAGAUGGCCAGACAGAGGGCCCAGGAUCACCCAGAAGAGGAGGGCUGUCAUGAGAAGAUUCAGGAGAUCAAGCAGGACAUCAUAAAGACCCAGGGUGCUCUGGCGGAGAUCAUGCAGGACUUCAAGUACGACUCGGAAGAGUGUGAUUGACAGCUCCCUCUCUCCACUGGUGCAUCGCCAGGAUGUUAAAACAAAAGGGGGGUGGAGCUAAAGUGAUGGAGCGGUGGAUGGACUCCUCGCUCCGCCCCCGCUGCCACCUCCCUGGUGUCCCACGCGGCCUGAAUCCAUCCCCCUGGCCCCGCCUCCAUCCCCCUGGCCCCGCCUCUCUACUGCUGCAUUCUCUCGUCAUUUCUCUCUCUCUCUCUCUC